AUGUGUGGGUUGGUGUUCGAGGAUCUCAUUGUUCAUGGUGGAUUGAACGAGGUGGAGAAGAAGAAUGUAAAGAAGGUACAAAUAUUGUAUGACACCAUUGAUGGGAGCAAAGGGUUCUUUAGAUAUCCAGUGAAAAAGAGUGUGAGGUCAUUGAUGAAUGUGCCAUUUACUUUAGUAAAGCUGGAGUUGGAAGCUGAGUUAUUGAAGGAAGUAGCCAAGGAGAAGAUGAUGCCGUUGAAGGGGCACAAGUCGGGUGGCAGCAUGAGAGCUUUAAUAUACAACGCUAUGCCUUUGGCUGGGUCAGAAACCGUUACCUGGUCUCGUCCAGCGAGUGAUGAUCCCAUGAAAGCAAAAGAAACGAUAUGCUUUUGUCGACAAGGUCCCCACCUUCUUUCACAUUAUUUGCAAGCAGGAAUAUCUUUUUAA